CUCCUCUAUAUACACAUACAUACACAUCACACACUCUCUCUCUCUCUCCCCUUAGCUUCCAUCUUUGAAUUCUCAGCAUUCAACAGUCAACGACCUCUCUAGUUCUGGUUUCGAAUCAAUGGCGUUAUGUGGAGUGGGCUUGAGUCCCAGUCUGGAAAGUGCUGAAGUACCAUUUUACCGUUUCAAUUCGUCGACGAGACUAAUUAGAUCAGCUUGUCUUCCUCUGAUUGGAAAAACUGGUAUAUCCAUUCAAAGAAGAAGCUCGAUAAUAAAGUGUUUUUCAUCAAGAAAAACUGUAUCUCCAUUGGAAUCUGAUGAAAGUGCUGUCACUGGCUCGGAUUUUAUGGAGGAAGAGUUGGGACAUGUUAUAAAGUUCAAGAUGUCUGACUUCAAGAUUGGCGAUCGUGUUAGCAUUGGCCUCGGUGGGCGGGCAGAUGAGGUGGUUUUUGAAGCCGUAGUGAAGGAUGCUAAUAGCCCUUUGCACAAUUCAAGAGUCGUGCUUCGAGGACUUACUAGCGCUCAAGCUCAGCGUAGGGGGAAACGGGCCAUAGAGGUAUUGAAGAAACUAGCUCAUCGUAGACUUAUGUACCAUUCUUACUCGAUGCAAGUUCAUGGCUAUGUUUGUCAAUCUACUAUUGGUGAUUAUGGUUCAUUUACCCUAAUUCACGGGUAUCAUCAUGGUAGUUUCUCUCUACGACAUUGGCUUCAACAAUCGGAUUGGCUUCCCACACUGGAAGCUACUCUUGCUUUGGAUGAGGAAUCUGUAAGGAGGGUGGGAGAUGAUACAGUUGGAGGCCCUGCUGUUUCUCGACAGUUGCGACUUAUCCGAAUUCUCAUGAGGGAUCUCUUGAUUGGAGUAAAUUACUUACACAGCCAUGGACUUGCUCAUACAGAGUUGAGGCUGGAAAAUGUGCAUAUUAGCCCUGUGGACAGACAUAUUAAAGUAGGGAUAUUGGGAAAUGCUGCUGACUUUUAUGAGAGUGAUCCAGAUAAUAGUACAUUGGAUGACAACUUGGGUAGACGACAAAUGAUGAUUGCAUUUGACAUGAGAUGUGUUGGAUUCAUGAUGGUAAAAAUGGUAUUGCGGGAACUCAUGGAUCCAUUAAUCUUUUCAAAGUUCAAGUCAUUCCUUAGUAAGGGAAACGACCCAUCCUGCUUGCGUGAGUUUCUGUUGCAAACUUUGAGUAGGAAUUCCUCAUCAGGAAAUGCUGGACUUCAAAUACUUGAUAGGAACUGGGGUGCAGGCUGGAACCUGCUAUCCUUGCUGCUGGCAACCAAGUCUUCUGAGCGAAUCAGUUGUUUGGAUGCUCUGAGACACCCAUUUUUGUGUGGGCCGAGAUGGCGGAUAGACCCAUCCAUGGACAUCAUCAGAUGGGGUCUUGGUUCAACAGCAGUUCGAAUUGCAGAGGAAUACAUAUAUGGCAGGCAACAGGUAUGCAGGAAUUUUGUCUCACCAGUUGGCUCUCCCAUGAAGCGUGCUAGGCUUGCCCACUUCAUUGAAUUGAUGGAGAUGCUGAAUUGUCAUUCAAAACCGAAGAAUUGGCUAGAGUUGCUGCCUGGAAAAUGGCGGCUGUUAUACUGCACUGGGAGGCACAUUGGAUUGACCCUUCGCCAGCCUCCUGCCCGAGUCCUCAUUGGUGAUGUGCACCUUAGUGUAUAUAGAACAUCAAAGUUGAACACGGCUCUUUCAUUCAUUUCUGACAUUAGUUUCACGGUCUUAAUUGGCCAAGAUUGGCCCCAUGACAAGGCUGGAGUAACUGGAAAUUUGCAAGUGAAGUCAAUUUUCAGAUUAACAGCUGGGAGACGACUAUAUCUCAAGGAACAAAACGCCACAAGAAAGUUCCCUUCAGCGACAACAAAUGCCCAGGAUUCCGUAGUUCAGAAACUCUCGGGUAAGAAAUGGAGGAAAGCAAUUCCUUUCAAGGAUUUACCAUCAAGUCUUCCAGUAGCCAAGCUCGCUUCUCGUGAGAUUGAGGUUACGAUGGAUCUCAGUGAUCCGUUGAGUAAAAAUGUUGAUUCUGCGCAAGAUGUAAUUCGAGAAAUCCGGACACAAGUCCCACCUGAAAUGUUUGAUCUCUCCAAACUAGUGUGUGGAACAUAUGUUGACUCAAGGCUGCUGGUCCUCCGCGGGGUGAAUGGGUCAGCGCUCUUAUUUACAAGGUCUUGUGCAAGUGAGAGCUGUAGAUAACAGAAAAGUUCGUUUUAUUAUUUAAUUGUAUAUUCUGUUGUAAAUUUUGUGAUUGCUGAUAUUUGGAUUCAAAAGGAUUGAAAUAAUUGAAAGGUACCUUGUUAGAAGUUAAA